UUCCACACCUUCGGCUGCAAGGAGAAGGGAGACCUGGGGUGCAGGUACCCCUGGCAUGCAUCCCUGGAGACCCCUGCUCUGCGGAGAACGUACCCUACUCCCCCCCCCCCCGCAACUCUGUGCGGGCAGCUGCCCUGGCCACACGGAGCCUCCCCUAACUAGGCACCCUGCUGGCCUGUCUGUCCAGCUACCAAAUCCGAGAAAGUACCAUAUUAAGUGGCAGCUGAAGUAGCUUCCCUUUGCCAUCCAGGGAUUCCCAGACACGACUUUGUCAACCUUGACAUGAAACAGAAUUGAAUCAGAUUUCACUAUUUUCUUCCUCAAAGUUCCUGUCUUUAGGGAAUGACCAAGUCACAGUUCCGAGGUACCCAGAGCACCUCCAGCCCCAGCCCACAGCCAGCUCCUCUCAGGACAUCAAGACCCCAGUCAGUGAUCACCUGUGAGUGUCAAUGUUUUGCAUUGGGGUCUAAAAGCAUUCUCAGAAUCCCCACUUCCUGGCUGGGAUAAGGGGCAACCCUGGGAAUCAGAACUAGGUUCCUAAAAGGACUGCCAAGAAGCCAUUAGAGAUAGAAGAAUCGUUUUCUUGGUUUUAAUUUUUUUAAAUAAAAAUAUGAAGUGUUGUCUGCUCACUUUUUGGAAGGUCUUGCUUGAGUUACUGGAAAUCAUCCAUGCCACUGAAGGGGGACUCAGAGUCAAGCCCUGAGUGAGAUGGGGCACACUAUACCUGGCCCUGGGCUUGCUGCCUUCGCCCAAAACCCAAGAUGCAGGCAGGGCCCCAUGUCACCCACUGCCAAGGGCAGAGGGGCUGGUGAGGAAAGCAGCCCUGCAGAACCUGUGGCCUGGUCAGGACAGCUCUGGGGCCAUCAGAUAGAGGCAGGGCAGUCGCUAUCCUCUACCUGGCAGUCGCAAAAUAUUUUUUUUCAUUGUUUAUGUUCAGGCAAGUGGCAUACCUACUUCUAUUUUUACAGAACAGCUUCAGGAAAGAAUGUUGGGCACAAAACAGAAAUUAUACCAGUACAGUGGACCCUCGAGUUACAAUCAGCCUGACAUCUGGACAACCUGGGUUAUGACUGGAAUUUUGGUUUUAACUUAGGACCAAAGUCCUGAGUUACCACCCAAAUGCCGGCCGCUUGUGCUUCCAGAUGGUCUCAGAUAUAGAUUUAACCCUUAAAGAGUUCUGGAAGGAACAUUACAAUGUCCUUUCCUGUGUGGAGUUGAGAAACCUCCCUAAGGACACUGAGAUCUGCCUGUAUACAGGAGAGAGACUUUGAAGGCUGUGUAGAGGAGCUGAGCCUUCAGUUGACCAACUUGAGUUACAACCCGCACUCAGGAACAAAUUGAGUUCGUAAGUCAAGGGUCCACUGUACCUGGAAAGCAGGUUAAUUCCCCUAUACCUCAGUUUUCCUAAUUGUAAAACGAGAAAUUCCUCCAGUAGCACCUGUAUGGUAUAAAAAUUCAAUAAAGCAAAACAGCAUGUGUGUGCUCUGAGAUUCACUCCUGUCCCAUCCAUCAGAUAUUUACUGAGCCCCAACCAAGUGCCCGGCAACAGGGCUCCACCGCUGAGGUAGGGACAUCUCAGCAUCAGAGGUUCCACACUGCACACCAAGCCAGAUAGCACGUGGCCACUGCCCCAGCAGAGACCCGAAUGAGGAAGAAAUUCUAGCAAAAGGGGUCAGGGAAAGCUGCCCAGCACAGAGGAGACAACUUCUCAGCUCCAGUGGGUAGGACAAUGAACACUCUCCAAGGUACUUCACUUGCCCACCCGGACCUAGUCUGCCCAGCAGGCCGCACCCAGCCUCUCAAGCCAGGACAGGGCUCCCCUGCAAGCAGACAUCACCACUUACCCCAUCCAGACACUGAGGAGGGAAGGGAAGCACAUGUGAUCUGCAGUGAUCCCUGAGCCCGGCCUCCAGGCGCUUCCGGACACCCACCUUCUCUUAGGGGCCUCUGACAGUGAACAGAGCUUCUAGAGCUGAUUCUCUCUUCUUUCUCUCCUUACACACACACACACACACACACACACACACACACACACGACGCACGGACAUGCACACACGCACACACACUGGCUGAUUUUACAGUCAAUCUUUCAAAGUGCAAUUUGUCUAGGAAAAGCCAAUGUGAGGCCCGUGUGGGCUCCAACCAAUGACGACGCAGCUCACCCAGCCCAGCCAGUCUCUGCUCUGUAUUCUAAUGGGCCAUAUCUUUAUCAGGGAAAUGUUCCUUCUCUGAACUUCAACUUCUCAUGGAGGGUCCCCAGACUCAGAGACAGAGGACUGGGCUGUGCUGAGUGUGGGCGGGCAGAACCCUGACCAGGCCAGGGCAGGCAGAAGAGGAGUGCUGGGGAGGCCUGCCACCAACCUGGUGGCACCUGACCGUGGAGCGCUGACGUGGGUGCCUGGCGACCGGAUGCUCUAGGUGCAAGGCACACAGAGGCUCAAGCAGCUUCUGACUCUCCAAGCCUGCCAUGACACUCAGGGCCGGAGCUUGAGGUCUUGGGCUUUAGGAAGGCCUGGAUUUGGGCUUCUUGCUUCCUGCUGCCUGACCAGGAGAUCAUGGAGUCCAACCUGCAGGGGACCUUUCUGCUGAACAACACACCACUGGCCCAGUUCUCAGAGAUGAAGGCUCCCGUGUGCCAGUACUCCAUGCAGAACUCCUUCUACAAGCUCAGCCCCCCAGGGCUGGGCCCCCAACUGGCUGCGGGGACCCCCCAUGGGAUCACGGACAUCCUGAGCAGGCCUGUGGCCACACCGAACGGCAGCCUCCUCUCCGGCUACCCCCACGUGGCCGGCUUUGGUGGACUCGGCUCCCAGGGAGUCUACUAUGGCGCCCAGGUGGGGAAUUUCCCCAAGGCCGGGAACGAGUACCCCACACGGACCCGGAACUGCUGGGCAGACACCGGCCAGGACUGGCGUGGAGGGCGGCAGUGCGGAGACACCCCAGACCCCCUGAGUGACAGCGUCCACAAGAAGAAGCACACUCGGCCCACCUUCACAGGGCACCAGAUCUUCGCGCUGGAGAAGACCUUUGAGCAGACCAAGUACCUGGCUGGCCCUGAGAGGGCGAGGUUGGCAUACUCACUGGGCAUGACCGAGUCACAGGUCAAGGUGUGGUUCCAGAACCGCAGGACCAAGUGGCGCAAGAAGAGCGCCCUGGAGCCCUCCUCCUCCACGCCGCGGGCCCCGGGGGGUGCGGGCGCGGGCGGGGACCACGCCCCCUCGGAGAACGAGGACGACGAGUACAACAAGCCCCUGGACCCCGACUCAGACGACGAGAAGAUCCGUCUGCUGCUCCGCAAGCACCGCGCAGCCUUCUCGGUGCUCGGCCUGGGCGCGCACAGCGCGUGACGCCCGGUCCCGCCCUCCCCUUCUGUGCGCCGGGCGGCGGAGAGGCUAGGACUGGGACAAGGGAGGAGAGGGACAAGGAGGCGCAAGGGUGACCACACGAACUCCGGGAGACCGGCACACCUCCCAGGGCACAGGGAGGCAACGGUGACCAGGCUCUGCAGCUGGGAGCCUGACGGUGCACCCCAGACCCUCCGCUGAGAUCCGGGGGUGGGGGCUGCUGGCUGGGAGCCAGGGGCCAGCGAUGGAGAGGUGGAGCUGUUGUCCAGGAGUGCUCCUCAGACCUGCACAGGCCAGCCCAUCCCAUAACCCAGGUUGCAGGAAACCAGCUCAGAAGACAAAGUGGUCCUGCGGAAAAAACAACUUUGACCCUAGCAUUGAGGAUCCAGAGCUGCAGGGCUCCUCCCGUGCCCUCUCCCUAUUUUACCCUGGCUGGCUGGAAGAGGGGAGGCUGGGGUGAGAAAGGAGGAGGGAGUCCUAGAGCCACGCCCUGCCUGAGAGCUGCUGCGCAUGCCCUGCGUCCCCAAGGACAGGACCACCCAUAGACAAGAGAGUACCCAGCAGGGGAGGAAAGGAAGGGCUGGAAAGGGUCUCAGGCACCCCUGCUGCUCCAGAAGGAGCGCCUAGGCAGGGAGGGUGGGAGGAGGUCCCUGACAGGCUGCGCCCCACCCCUUCCUUUCUGGGGUCGCCCUGGCCCUGGGCCUGGAGCUGCAGCCACUGGAGAGCACCAGUGCAGGUUGUCUUCCACA